UGAAACCAUUUCUGCCUCUAAAACAAACCUGCAGCUUUAUUUCACCUGAGAACUCGUCAGCCAAUCACGCUUCAGUAAAUCAGUUUCUGCUGUUGCAAACCAACCCGGACAGAAAUGUUGCCGUUGCUGUUGCUGCUGGUUGCUUCCUCAGCCAGUCCUCAGGAAACGGAGAGGAACCACCAAUCUGAUGGACCCGUCUCCUUCCUGAAACCAGACCCAGCAGAUGAUGUUGCUAAAAUCAUGUCCAUCUCAACAGUCCGGCGUGUCCUGCCUCCAGCUCCGUUCAGACAGAAAAUCCCAGUUAACUCGACGCUCCCAGAGGUCGGUAAUACAGGCAAACUGCGAUGGGCAACAUGGAAUGGUUCCCUUCCUAAUGGAGCCGUUUCCAUUUACAACAGCUACACUGAUCGCAUCGACUUCAUCUGCAAAGUCGGAUGUCAUUCUGGUUUUUACAACCCCAGCAUGGGUUCCUUCUGCCACUACCCAAAUAAAAAGGAAGAGCAUCGUUCCUCCGGCUUUAAAGUCCUUGUGAAUGAAGAUAAUUUUGAGAUCCUGGAGUGGAAGGAAGGUUCUUAUGGUUCUGUUCCUCAGAAUGCAGUCAGAACCUGCUCCAGUGAGGAAAUGUAUGUAGGGAAGAACAAGUACGGGUUGGGGAAGGUUGUUGUGAAAGAUAAAUGCUUUUAUCUCCCCUGGAAGGGUAGUGAGUAUUGGUACCAGAAGAGCUAUGAGGUUCUGACCCGAAUGACGCCUGACAAAGAUCUCAUCUCUGAUGUCACUUAUCACACAGAUAGAGCUAAAAUUUUGAAAAAUCCUCCAAAAACCCUCCAAAGCUCUACUAUUAUCAACAGAGACCACAAUCCUUUGACCAAAACCGUUUCUCUGACUAAGACAACUAAAGAUCAGAGACGGUGGGACAUCAGCUCUUCUAUCAAAGUUUCUACAAAAACUACCAUCGAAUCAGGAAUUCCCUCCAUUGUGGAAGGGCGUGUUGAAGUCGGUGGAGAGAUCUCUUUUACAUUCUCAGGUGGACAUACCUGGACAGAAGAAAUCUCCCACUCUUUCAGAUUAGAGCUUACCAUACCACCAAACCACAGCUGCACAGUGAAGAUGGUUGGUUAUCAGUACAAAAUGGACAUUCCCUUCACCGCCCACCUGAGUCACAUGUAUGAAGACGGAGAGACCAGAUCAACUAUGAUCUCUGGAAAUUAUUACGGAGUCCAAGUUAUAGAAAUUAGGGCUGAGGUGGAAAAAUGCAUACCUUUGUCCAACUCCAAACGCUUUUCUAAAAUUAUGUAGAAUAUUAGAAAAGCGUUGAAUAGCUGCUAAUGUGUGUUAGCACAGCUUUACCAGCCAUUUGAUAUAGAGCUCCAGCUUCAUUUAUGCUUUUUAAUUCAUAUUUAUGCUUUUUAAUUCAUAUUCUUUCAGCUUGUCAUUAGUUGGUGUGCGAUGAUGAGUAUUUUUUGAGUUGAGUAUUUUUCUAGUCCAGGUGUUUUGGUUUAGUACAACCUGUACACUGAAUUGACUAUAGUUAAAGCUGAAAACGUGUCUUCCCCGGGUUUAUGAUGUGACAGAUAAAAGACGAGUCAGCAGUUAAAACUCAACCAAGCCUUAAUAAAAUGCAUCAGAUAAGUUUUGGUGAUCAGACAGAAGAAUGUAUCCAGUCAGACCUGGAAUCCAUUCUGAUUACAAUCAGUUAUCAGAUUUAAGCCGAACCUCCGGCUGCAAACAAACUGUCUGGAGCGACGCACCACCCGCUCACAACUAAUGACUUUCAGUUACUUUAACAGUUUGGGUUUUAUGAGCCAUACUUCCUAAACAGGAGCUGCUAUUUCUGAGAUUCUGCAGCUCCAGUUUAUCUCUGAUCCAGCAGAGAUAAACUGACAGAGCAGGAAUGUGACACAUAAUCCUCCAGAAACAGCAGAGCCUUUUCUGGCAGAUCCUCCUCACUUCAUUAACAUAAGCUUCAAUUUGACUAACAUUGUAAUAAAAGAAUCAGUGCAUUAUCAGCUAAGUGGAAUAAAUAUCUCCAUGAUGAAAUAAAAAAAAAAUACCAGAAAACUUUAAUGAACGGUAAAUUUCACAUCUACAAUUAUAAUCAUAUUUUGUUCAGUUAUAAUAUAGAUUUUCAGAUUGUUAAGAUCCUGGGAUGUUUUGGUGAUUUUAUUAUUCAUUCUAGUUUGAUUAUUAUUCCAUUAUUCACUGUUUAUAUUUUACUGUCUGUCGUUAA